GCAUGGGCAAGACAGAAAAUACUGAAGCCAGAGGGUCUCAGCUGGGAGUUUGGGAGGAGCAAGGAUUCUACUCUGUGACAUCACAAUAUUCAGUCCAGGCUCCAACUUGGCCACUGAGAAGAAAGUAACAGGAGGUUCAGCUAUUGAUAUAUUAGAGGCAGGACACUACCGGACAGAGCUAGAAGGAAAUAGCUAGCCAUGCCUCCAGUUCAGUAAACUGAAACACAGGUAUGCCAAAUGAACUUUUGAAAUGUUUUCCAUCAAAUUACCCAAGAAAAUGCAUCCUGAUCAGUUUUAUUUAACAGCUUUGGGAGGAAAAAAAAGCAAAGAAAUCUACCUUGCCAGAGAUCAAGGCAUUUGAUUCUUUCUCUCGCUGCCACCACCUGGGGUGCCUUGGCAUCUGGCCACACCUGGAUCUCUGACACAUACAGGACUCUCCUUUAUCCCAGCCCAGCCUCCAUGCCCACUCUCCUAAGAAUUGUGCAAUGAGACCUUUGUAACCUGAGGCUUGUGAAGUCUGGAAAGGAAUGUGACACAGAGCCAACAGACGUUGCUGCCACCAGGGCUUAGAAGGAGCUUUCCUACCUGUUCACCUGGUGCCUGGGGGAAUCUCAGAAGGGGAAAGAGGGAUAACCAAUUGGCUGAUGAAGUAACAAAUGAAAAGUAAUCUAACUCCACUGACCCGCUUAACCCUGGAUGAGAACAAUGGAAAGGAGUAGCCUUUUGCUUUGAAACAGUGGAACAGCCUGAGAAAAUGGCAUGUAACAUACCUAACCAAAGACAGCGGACUAUGUCUACAUCUGGAGAAGCUCUAUAUGAAGUUCUUGGUCUGCAAAAGGGAGCAUCAAAUGAAGAAAUAAAGAAAACUUACAGACUAUGGAGAGAGCGCCAAUGUCCAUCAACUGAUGAAUGGAUAAAGAAGAUGUGGUGUAUAUAUACAAUGGGAUAUUACUCAGCCAUCAAGAAAAAACUGGCCUUGAAACAUCAUCCAGACAAGAAUCCAGAUGAUCCAGCUGCUGCUGAAAAGUUUAAAGAAAUCAACAACGCCCACACAAUACUUACCGACAUGUCAAAGAGAAACAUAUAUGACAAGUAUGGAUCACUGGGACUCUAUGUGGCUGAGCAAUUUGGAGAUGAAAAUGUUAAUACCUACUUCAUGCUGUCAAGCUGGUGGGCAAAGACCCUGUUUGUCAUCAUUGGACUCUUUACUGGCUGUUAUUUUUGCUGCUGCCUAUGCUGCUGUUGCAACUGCUGCUGUGGACGCUGCCGGCCCAAAUCAUCAGUGCCAGAAGAGGACUUUUAUGUGUCCCCAGAGGAUCUUGAGGAGCAGAUCAAGACCGACAUGGAAAAAGAUGUGGACUUUCCAGUUGUUCUCCAGCCUACAAAUGCAAAUGAGAAAACACAGCUAAUCAGAGAAGAACCUCGAAGUUAUUGCACAGACUCUUAAUAUUGAGACCACUGAGGGUCCACAAUACAUCUUCUUGGUUCAA